AUGAUGGAUAACAACGGUAUUCCAACAGAACCUGGUCAAACAAAUCGGGUACCCCGUUUGACAAGAAUUAAUAUGUGUCCAGCAAAGUUGGCUGUGAGAGUCUCUAAUGUUGAGGAACAGAAACAAAGGCCAGAUAUUGAAGCCAUACUGAAGAGUAAUAUAAUCGCUUUUACAUGUACACACUGGGAAGGCGCUUCACCUACUAUUAGUCCUUUCCCCAGGACCGGUACGAUUGGGGAGAAAUAUCAUCGAUUGAGUUUGAGCUUUGAUGAACUGCUGAGAGACUGUCUUUCCCUCCACAUUUACAAGGAAAACAUAGAUGAAUUUCCACAACAUCGAGAAAUUCACAUACAAGUUGCCAGAACUGAGGAUCAGAAGAAUUACUGGUCACAACAGAACCGUUAUCAAGUUCUCAACGCGAGGGUAGUAAAUCCCUUCAUCUAUUACGUCGAGACGGGAGACGGCAAGAGUUGGUUCUGUAACGAUUAUUCUCAUCCUGAUCCUGAUCUGCAUUACUUCGUUCAUUUGGUUUUUUGUAAGAAAAGCGAUAAUGAUAUUUGGUGCCUACAACCAAGAUGUGGAUAUUGGGACACUGUGAAGAAAACAAAAGAAUGGACUGAACGAGGUCCUGACCAAAGAUAUGUAAAUGAUCUAAACUUGGAAGUGUUUCAAUAUGAUGAGAUUGAUGUUGCAGCACCCGACUGA